AUGAGGUUGCAAGAUACGACCCCUGAUUACCCGGAAUUUGUUAACAACUUUUGGGGAUCUUCGCCAGAAGCCAGCUUUACUAUAAUUACAACAAGGAUCAAAGAUGCUUUAUCAACCCUUGACGAACUUAUACAGUUUUAUCAUGAAAAAGUGAAUCUUGAAAGAGAUCACACUAGACGGUUGGAAAAACUAUCAUCCAAGUUCCCACUAGGUACUCACGAGACUGGUUCAAUGAAGAAAUCACUUGACAAAUUACAUAUUGAAAAUCAAUUUAUGAUUGACUGUAACACCAAAUUCAUCAAAUCAAUACUGGAAUCCAAUUUGGAGAAGUUGGAACAAUUUCAAGGUUUAUAUGUCAAAAAAGUAGACAAGUUGAAACAUCAUAUGAACAAGGUCAUACUAAGGCGGGCUUCAGCAUUGAAGGAUCUACACCAUUAUAAAGACAAAUAUCAAGAAGAAUGCAGAGCGAUCAAAUCACUUAAAUUGUCACUACAGACAACUUGGGGCAAGGAGUUGGAGAAGAACGAGAGCAAGUAUCAAAAAUUAGCAUCUUCCAUAAAUCAAACAAUCAAGCAUUACCAAUAUUCCAUAUCAGUUUACAAGGACAUAAAUGAAAUUUACAAGAGAGAUUGGACUAUAUCGAUAAAUGAUUUUUAUAAAUUGGAGAUUGAAAGAAUUCAAGUGAUGAAGAUCAAUUGCUUCACCUAUUGCAAUAAUAUAGCUACCCUAUGUGUUGAUCUAGAUCAAUCAGUGGACUUAGCAAGAUCUACAUUCGCGUUAGUACAACCACAGAUAGAUAUACAAGAAUUCAGUAACAAUUAUGGAACAGGAAGUAAAAUAUAUGACGAUCCACCAUUUGUUGAUUACAUGACUGGAUGUGAUGAGCCUUCUAUUGGAUAUAAAUUACUGAAUUUGCAUAAUCCCGAUCAUAAUGAAAUACUAUCUCGAACUUAUUCCACUUACUCAUCAUCAUCAAACAAGACUACGGGGACUAUACCAUCAUCUCAUACUGUCAAAUAUUAUGGUCAAGAGUCGUCAACGCCUUAUUUCUCUCCUAUCAAGGAUACCCGAACGAAUAAUCACUUUGAUUCGACUCCAACCCCUAAAACCAAGUUGUACAAUGAUGACACCCCCUACUCAAAAGAUCUACCCCAGGUAUCGAAUGGUCGUCAUGAAAUGACACCAACUCCAAGGGCAAAGUUAUUUACCGCUACUCCUGCCAAGGAUCUUCCACCAAUAUCGAACGGCCACCUUGAGAUGACACCAACACCAAAAGCCGGCUUUAACAAUUCACCACAUAAGACACUUGCUCCACCAACCACGACUACAGCUAUACAAUCUCCAUCAAAAUUAUCACCAUACAAACAUCAACAAACUCCUUUGAGAAAACCACCAGUUGAUUUAUUAUCACACAAGACUCAUUCAACAAUUAGUUCUAACCCAGAAAAUGAUUUGUUUUCAACUAAAGAUGAACAAUUGACUAAUAGUCAAGGAUCAUCAAACUAUAGUUCGGAACGUAAUUGGGCAUCACCAAGGCGAAGAGAGAAACAAUUGCAAGAGAUGCAAGAACAAAUUACACGAAAGGCAACUAACGAAUUUAACAAACGUCAUAAUAAUCCACGAUUGGAAGAGACCCCAAAACCACUGGCCAAAGUGCCAAUAAUGAAGGAUUUUUCUAUUGAUUUUAUUGCCAAAGCAUUAGAGGAUUUGAAUUCAGGCGGAGAUGGAGAUGUCAAUCAAUUCAGAAGGUCAGUCAGAAGCAAUGGAUCAAGUCCCGUUAAGCCUAGACCAAAAUCAGAUUACAUUGAUGAUCAUAAUGAAGUUGCUCAACGAUACGACUCGAUAAAUUUCUCACGUCCAAAAUCAAUGAUUGAUGCAGUUGAAAAACCAAAAUAUCCCACUCAAGCACAACAAUACCAAGAACCCACAUCAGCUUAUGAUCAGUACAAGUAUCGCGGCUUGCCAAAAUCUCCUAAAUCUGCCAAAUCACAUACUCCAUUAAUGCUACAGCCUAAAACUACCCCAAUUAACCAAAAAACUUAUAUAAGUAAAGCUACUGCAAGGUAUUCAUUCAAACCACAAGAAGAAGGUGAGUUGUAUUUCAGAAAGGGGUGGCAAAUGUAUAUAAUCCAUAAACAAGAAGAUAAUUGGUUUGUUUGUGAAUUGGGUCCAAAUUGUGAUGAAUUCAAUGGGAAGAUUGGACUAGUUCCGGGGAAUUAUAUUAUUGAACAUUGA